AUGAAGUAUCAGUGUAUUAUUGUAGAGGAUAAUGCUGUAGAACGUGAUCUGCUGGAAGUGCUGCUGGGUAAAAGGCCGGAUAUUGUCAUCUCCGGUAUUUUUGAGAAUGGGCUGGAGGCACUCAGGUAUCUUCAGGGACAACCGGUAGAUAUCGCUUUUGCUGAUGUGGAUAUGCCUGAGCUCAGCGGCAUGGGGUUGCUAAAAAGCCUUCGUCAUCCUCCUGUCUUUAUUUUUAUCAGUGCUCAUAGCAAGUACGCUGCGGAUGGCUAUGAUCUUGAUGUGCCGGACUUUGUCCGGAAACCCUUUAGCCCGGAGCGUUUGUUUAAAGCAGUGGAUAAAGCUAUUGAGCAGCUGAAGCAGCAACGCAGUGCAACCCUUGAUCCUAUGGCCGGCGCCACACAAAUUGUAAAUGGUGCUGCUAACGGCGCAUCGACG